AUGAACUGCGCCGCAGUGGAACUCGUUCUUGGGACCGGACAGUCCAGGACUAUCUUGACGGCUCACCAAAGUCUACUUUUGGAGUCUCCGCUUCUCGCGGAGAAGGUCGCAGCCUUCGGUGAACCUGGACCUCGGCGCAUUGAGCUUCCCGCAGAAAAUGUGGAAGCUUUCGGGUAUUUUCUACAAUUUCAGUACACGCGUGACUAUUGUACCUCUCACACUGAAACUCACACCGAGCAAGAGACGGUACUCGGGGAGAUUGACGACAGCGGAGAACAGUUACUGAAACACGCGCGGGUGUAUACCUUGGCGGAGAAGUUGGGAAUACCUUCACUGAAAGCUCUCGCACAUUCGAAGAUUCAUCGCAUCAACAGCACAUCCCAAGGAGAAAUUGCCUAUGCGCGUUAUGUAUACACGAACACACCCGCUGAUGAUGUCACUAUUCGUAAGCCUGUGGCCACCUUUUGGGCCUUGCGAAGCCAUGUUUUGCGUCACGAGGCUGAGGAGGAAUUUAAGAAUUUAUGCAUUGAUGUGCCUCAAUUCUGUUAUGACGUGCUCAGUCUUGUGUUAGAUCACAAGGAGAAACGUGCACAGGAUAGGGCAGAGGCAGAAUCUGGGUUGAAAGGAAGCGGAAGGAAGCGGCUGCGCAGUGGUCUAUGA